UUUCUCUGUCAUUGCAAUCCCUCACCUAUCUCAUUAGCACAGGGAUCUGCUGACACUAAUGUCUGCGCUCCUUUGGAUGGACUAUGAUGAUAGCCUGUGAAUCCCUCCUACCCCGGCUGCAAGUUGCCCCAGGUAGCCGGCUGUUAGUUUCAAACCUACCAUUUAGACCUACGCAGCCCCGGAUACCACUUAGAACCCUCAGUCAUCCUAUACAACGAUGCAAUUUUUCUGUUUCCAAGUCCCAGCAGACAUCUACAGAUCAGAUUAUGGCGUCUCGAAAGAUCCCACAAUCCAAGUCUACGCCCGCCGAGCCUCGGCCCAGUUCCAGCGUGAUCAUCAUCUCUCCACAUAAUGAGGUCCUUCUCCUCCACCGUGUCAAGACAUCAACGUCAUACCCAUCAGCACAUGUCUUUCCGGGAGGGAACCUCUCCAGCCAGGACGGGCCAUGUCCACCGGUAGAUGAUAUCUCCCGACACGAUGACGGACCCUGGUAUCGAAAUGCCGCCAUCCGAGAACUAUUUGAGGAAAGCGGCAUUCUCCUGGCCAAGGACCGUGACUCGGGCAAGAUGCUCGCUGUGCCACAGGAGCAGCGCGAAGCCGGUCGACGCGCGAUCCAUCAGAAUAAGAUGACAUUCGCAGAAUGGUUAAGAGAACAGCAUCCCACAGCAGUACCAGAUACGGAAGGACUGAUACCAUUUACGCGCUGGCUCACGCCCAUCAGACUUCCGAGACGGUAUACGACCCAGAUGUACCUGUAUUUCUUACCCUUGCCGAUGGAGAUCGAGAAGCCUGUUCUGGAUGAGAUCCCACAUGAGGGUGAAAAAGAGGAGAUUCAGGUGCCGACGAGUGAUGGCGGAGUGGAGAUUUCCGAGGCGAGGUUCUUGCCUGCAUCGGAGUGGGUUCGCAUGGCGCAGAAAGGCGAGGCUAUUUUGUUUCCGCCUCAGUUCAUGCUGCUUCAUUUGAUGGCGGAGUUUCUGAACCAAGGAACACCAGGUAUGGAGUCUGUUGAGGAGUUGAAGAAGCAGCGAGAGGAAUUGCUGCAGUUCAUUCAUUCGGGACAGCCGCCGUGGACGGACAAGUGUAUUUGUCCAAAGGCGCUGCAGAUUGGCUCUGAUGGUCUGACUGUGAUGAAGUUGGAUCAUCCUGGACCGGAGCUGGAGGGUACUGAUCGGAGGGGAGAAGCGGAG